GCUGGAUUUAGGUGAAACCUCAUAUACGUCCAAAUGAUCCCGUGACGAAGAAAUCCAGACAGAGAGGAAAGGAAUUAUCUAGAGCUAGCAGUGUUGGUUUGCACGCGCGCGCUCGUGAGGUGGGGUCGAAGUCAUGGCGAGGCUUUGAGGUCAUAGGUUUGACAGGUCGAUGGAGAAAUGAGUCACAUGUCAGUUUGAGUGCUGCCUAUUCUCACUUGCGAAUAUAGAAGCUCAAGGGUCUGUAGCGCUGCAGCGCUAAGUGUGAUGCGGACGAUGUGAGAAAUUUUAGUGGGAGAGCUAGUCAGGGACAAGGCGAGCGGUGAGAAAGGAUGGCAUCGAUGGCCGCUAGUGUAGUCUUCAUUUUGCUAAUCUCUACUCUUCUCAAUGCAGCGAGUGUGAUGCCCGAGAGUCACUUCAAGUCCUACCCACAUUGGCGUCAUGACCACAAGCAGCAUCAUCAGAAGGAUGUAGCGCCUGGCAGUGGUACCAGUGUUGCUGUCACCGAGGCUUGUGCUGCCACAAGGUAUCCGGCUUCUUGUUUGAGAGCAUUGAACAGUGAUCCUCGAUCGGCUACUGCCGUACCACGAGAAUUAGUAGCCAUCGCAAUCGGAGUAGCCCAUCGUUAUGCAACAAUUUCGCAAGCUGACAGCCAGACAUUAGCUGCACAAUCAGCCACUUCAGGCAAUAUCAACCUCAUCUCCAUCUCCAAAAUGUGCAGUGAAGGGACAGAUUUGGCCGCGUUCCAUACCCAAAACUCUGAAAAUGCUGUCAAUGGGCCGCUUCUAAACGACGUGCAGGCAUGGCUCAGUGGGGCUCUCACGUUUACGACUGACUGCAGUGCCGGCCUUGGGCAAACUUCCACUGCGCUGCCCUUCGUGAGCGAGAUGAAAGGACGACUGGACGCAUCUCAAGAGAUGAUAAGCAACGCUCUUGCCAUGACCGACGCGCUUGUGAACUACGGCCCCAACACCGUUCUGUGGAAGCCACCUCCUCUUAGCAAGGAUCACAUGCUCUAUGAGACCACGAGCUUCGUCGCACAGCACGAGCUGAGCGCUGCGGUUUCGACGCCCAAGUGGCUCAAUGUCAAAGACCAUAACCUCCUUAAUGGGACACUUCUUGCAUCUCCUUCUGUCACCGUUGAUAUAUAUUCUGCGUUCUCAAGUAUCCAGCGUGCGGUAGAUCUUGCUCCAGACUGGAGCACACAGAGAUACGUGAUUUACAUCAAGACAGGAGUCUACAACGAGGUGGUGAGAAUUCCUAAGCAGAAGACGAAUCUCAUGUUCUUAGGAGAUGGAACUGAUAAGACAAUUAUAACAGGCAGCUUGAGUGAUUCACAACCAGGCAUGAUCACCUGGGCGACAGCGACAGUUGCUGUCAGUGGUUCUGGCUUCAUAGCUCGUGGCAUAACAUUCCAGAACACCGCAGGCCCUGCUGGACGUCAAGCAGUGGCCUUGAGAGUAAAUAGCGAUCAGUCCGCCUUCCAGAACUGCGCCGUUGUGGGAUUCCAGGACUCUCUUUACACGCAUUCGUUACGGCAGUUUUACAAGGAUGUGUAUGUUUCAGGUACUGUUGAUUUUAUUUUUGGAAACUCUGCUGCCCUCUUCCAAAACUCACAGUUGGUGGUUCGUGUUGGAGCGCCUGAAGCCACCACCAGCACAGUGACAGCUCAGGGUAGAACAGAUUCUGGUCAAACCACUGGGCUCGUCUUCCAAGACUGUUCUAUCCUUGGAACGCCUGAAUACGUGGCCUUGUUUCAAUCUAAUCGGCAAGCACACCAGGCCUUCCUCGGCAGACCAUGGAAAACUUUCUCCCGCACCGUGUUUAUCAGAACAUAUAUCGAUCAGAUCAUCGAUCCCUCGGGCUGGUUGCCAUGGAACGGAAACUUUGCUCUCUCUACCCUAUUUGCUGCCGAGUAUGGAACCUAUGGUCCUGGUGCCGCCACCAUCAACAACCGUGUUACAUGGUCAAGUCAGCUUUCGACAUCUCAAGCUCAGGCUUUUUCUGUGAGCUCGUUCAUUCAGGGCCCAUCCUGGUUGCCUGCUACCGAAAUUCCCUUCUCUCCGUAACCACUGCUGUAUAUCUCAUUCUAUUUAAUUUCAGUAGUCUUUGAGGGAACAUUUCCAUGAAGGCAGAGGUUCGAUUUCAAGGGUUCAGAAUCAGAUCGGUAUCUAGCACCUGAAGUUGGAGGAGCUCUAGUUACCCGAAGACUAGCCAUGAACAUUAUCAGGUGGAUUAAUUCAGAGGUGAUCAAAUCACUUGUGGCUCAUCAGGACGCUGCUACAACAAUGAGGAACGCCUGCGCAUCAUGUGCUCGAUUAUGAGCUCUUCCCAAACCAGACUUCACUCAACUAGGACUUUAUCAUUAGUCCUUGUGACUAAAUUAGCAUCCCAGAAAUGCAGAAAAUGCAGUUCUCAAUAUUCUUUCAGCAGCUUGUGUCAGUAGCAGGUUUGACCGUUACGAAGUGGAGUUCAGACAUUACAGGAAGACAAGUAGAAUCGAAGAUCUUCACUGUCUACAAGUUGAACAGUAUCAUCGGUAAAUAGACUUCCAUUAAUAUAUCAGUUUUCUUAUAAAUAUAAACUUCUGUGGCAGUUGACACUGAAGUUGAGAUUAAAACAGAUUUGUAAUGUGAACCAGCGACAGAUAAAAAUCCUGACUUAGAAUCUGUCUGCGUGUUAACUACUGAACUGAUGGACAAUUCACUAACUGUAGGGGAAUUUCAAGAUCUUCUGUUUACGAAAGUAACAUUCUUUUCUUUCGUAAUAUCUACUUUCAUACAAAGAGGAGCCACUUGCAAUCAACAAGGAUCCUCAUGAUUGUAGUAACAUCAAUCAGUUCCAAAGCUGUCCUCAGCCGCCUUAAGCUAAUUUUUGACUCA